UAGAUUGAAGAAUUUAGAACCAGCUUAUUACCGGCGCUACAGUCACGUCUGUUUGCUUUCAACUAUUUUUGUGUGUCGUGUUCUCAAAAAAUCAUUGUUCUGUACUUUUUCGGGUUUUUGGACAUAUCUUUCUUCUCUUUACAACUCAACUCUCAACAUAGACAAUGUCUACCAUACAAACUGCUCAAUACCCUUAUCAAAUGGCUUCAUCAGACCUUGGCAAGAACGUUCAAAGGAACGUUCAAACGAAAUUGGAAAGCUCCAAGAACUUUUUAAUGAAGACUCAGCAUAGAGCACAAUUUUAUUGGAGUGCAUUUGAAGCUACUAUGAAAGAAUUAUGGCAACAACAAGACUUUAGAUUAGCAUGCUACAUUUUUGGUAGCUUAACUGCCAUUCCUUUGGGUAUUUUCUUGGCUUUCAUUUCCGGCGUGAUGCUCUUCGCCACUGUCACCUCUACUUUCAUUUGGUCCUUCUUUGUCUUUUCCGCAAUCGCUGUUGGUCUUGUUGGUUUGUUGCCCGUUUUAUUCGGUUUCUUUGUAACAACCGUGAUUAUUAUGUCAGGUUAUUAUGCAUAUAAAUAUCUGAUGUCUUUUAGAAAACAAAACAAACUGCGAGCAAAGCAAAAUUAGGGUGAUUCUUGCCUUUCAUCAGUUCGUACAAAACUAUUCAAGAUCUAUUUGUCAAGACUCAAAAAAUAAAUCAAAAGCAUUAUGCAUAUGUC